AUGAAAUUCACCGCUGUGGCUAUUCUCGCCUUAAUCGUGGCCACCAGCGCCUCCGCCGACAACAACGCCUGCGUUGUUCUAGAUUGCCCUAAGAACUAUGAUCCCGUUUGUGCGAAUAACGGUUUCACCUACCUCAACCAAUGCGAAUUCGACAACGCCGCGUGCGACAUCCACAUCCGUGUGCAGCUGAAAGUGCUCCACACAGGCAUGUGUCGGAGGGACGAAGGUGGC